CAUCGAGCGGAAGUAAGCAAAACAGAUGUUAGCUGCGUUAGCUCAGUGGAAUUAGCGGGGAGAUGAGAGUGUAGUUGUCGCGUUAAUUAUUGUUUUACUCAUAAUUAAACAACCAUGUCUUCAGUGGAGUAUCUGAGAGAGUUUGUCAACGAGCGACUAACUGCUGCUGCUGAAGAAAUAUUCGGAGUUUUUAAAAGAACCAUCGUCGAGUACGAAGAAGUGAUCGACCGUCAGCGCAAACUGUUGGAUGUCAUUUGGAAACCCGAUAUAGAGCUUAUCAGGAUAGAGCUCCCACAUCAACAUGUCCGUAAGGAGAUGGAGGAGGAGGGUCUGGCUGAGCGGCAGCUCCGCAUUCAGGAGAUGAACUCCAGUGUGGACCAAGAGGAGCCAGAGCCUCCACUGAUUAAAGAGGAAGAGGAGGAAGUGUGCAGCAGUCAGGAGGGAGAGCAGCUUGUAGUGAAGCAGGAGACUGAUGGCUUCAUGUUGAUUCCUCCUUAUGAGGAAAGUGACCACAGUGAACCAGAAACAAACAGUGACCACCAGCUCCUCUCUUACAGCUCUCAUGUCACUGAGAGCCAAGAUCAGGUUGGAGGCGAGCAGGAAGACUCGGGAUCAACUAGAAAUACAGAGCUUCAACCAAAUAAAAGACAUCAUGAAAGCAGUAUUCACAGGAACAAUGAUAACAACUGUACCAUGUCAAAGAUCCACAGUACCACUCACAGAAGUAGAAAUUAUUUCAAAUGUGACACAUGUGAGAGAGUUUUCAAGUUUAAGUCCCAACUGUAUGCACACGUGAGACAACACACAGGUGAGAAGCCGUUUUUGUGCAAAACAUGUGGGAAAGCUUUCAGACGUAACGGUGACUUGAAAGUCCAUGUGAGAAUCCACACAGGUGAGAAGCCGUACGUCUGCAGGACCUGCGGGAAAAGAUUCUGUGAGAUGUCCGCAUUGACGAGGCACAUGAAAACCCACACAGGUGAGAAGCCACAUACCUGUAAAACAUGCGGAAAAGCUUUCAGGCGUCGUGAUGACUUGAGGGUCCACUUGAGAACUCACUCGGGUGAGAGGCCAUAUACGUGCGAAACAUGCAGGAGGGAUUUCAGAUCUAGCAGUAACUUGAAAAGCCACAUGAGAAAGUGUGUAUGUGAGAAGCUGUAUUAGUGCAACACAGAGGUUCCAGUUGUGGUCACACCCAUCCAGGUGAGAAGGUGUGUCAUUGGAAAUGACAUGGAAGAAUUUUAAAGGUCCAGUGUCGAGGAUUUAGGGAGUAUACUGAAAAAAUGGAAUAUAAUAAGUAAGUUUGCUGUAGUGUAUAUUCACCUGAAAAUAAGAAUGUUCUUGUUUUCGUUACCUUAGAAUGGGACGUUUAUAUCGACAUAAGGAGCAAGACCUCGUUUAUGGAGAUAGCCAUUUUGCACCGCCAUGUUUCUACAGUAGUCCAGUACGGACAAACUAAACACUGGCUCCAGGUAGGGCCAUUUGCAUCUUGCCAUCUGCACCGCACUGCACAGCAAACGCAGCCGGUGGGUAUUGACGGACGGCGGAGCAUGCAGCGGAUAACCAGCGCCGCCGUUCCGCAACGGACACGAAUCCAGUGGAAAUCCGGCGUAAGAAUGUGGCCAAAAUGGUUACUGCACUCAAAUUCAAAAUACUGCCGGGAUACAGCUGAGGAGGAGCCGGCUGUUAAUGCUAUGUACCGGGACACUGCUAACGCUGCUGCUGGUGUUCUGUCAAAGACGGUGGAUAAGUACACCAGGAUACAGCUGAGGAAGGGCCGGCUGCUAAUGCUAUGCGCCGGGACACUGCUAACGCUGCUGCUGGGAUACAGCUGAGGAGGAGCCGGCUGUUAAUGCUAUGUACCGGGACACUGCUAACGCUGCUGCUGGUGUUCUGUCAAAGACGGUGGAUAAGUACACCAGGAUACAGCUGAGGAAGGGCCGGCUGCUAAUGCUAUGCGCCGGGACACUGCUAACGCUGCUGCUGGGAUACAGCU